AGGUACUGUAUUAAUUUUUUUUAUAGUCUUUUAAAAUUCCUUUUUUUUAUGAAAAUAAUCGAUAACGUAAAUAAUGAAUUUAAUUAUUAAAAAAAAAUGUUGUCAACAAAAUAAGCUUUGGUAGGAAAGUAUAAGGAAGGGGUAAGAUAAGUUUACCAACACAAACUCUGUCACUCGGGUUCAAGACGUGAACGGUAUUGUACUUCUCAUAGUGUAUAAAUUUCCAGUUGACAAAGUGCCGGCCGGAUUAAUUAUUUUUCAGAAAUUUUUCAACAAAGUAACAUUUAAAAUGGAAAGCUGGGACGAAAAAACGCCGCACUCUGAACUUUCAGAUUUGGCUCGAAUUGAUCUGACCUCUGAGAGUCCUUACGACCUUUUCAGAGAAUGGCACGAAGAAGCACGAAAAUUCUCUAGCGGUUUGCCAAAUGCACUUUGUCUUGCAACGGUCUCCAAAGACAUGAAAGUUAGUGCGAGGCAUGUAAUACUUCGACGACUAGAUGAAGAUGGAUUUGUUAUAGUGACAGAUAAUCGCAGCCAAAAAGCGAGCAAUUUGUCGGAAGUACCUUCAGCCGCAAUGUGCUUUCUCUGGUCGUAUUUCAAUGAAAACAACAAUCACGUGAGCAGACAAGUCAGAGUGGAAGGGACUGUUGUUGAACUUCCCCGGCAUGAGUAUCAAAGCCUGUACGAUAGAGAACCUACUUUUUGCAAAAUUAGGUCUCUCAUCUGCAACCAGGGUCAAGAAGUAAAUUGGGAAGCUCAAAAACAAAUACACGACCAAGUUUUGAAAGAAGUUAAUAAAGGCGAAAGAGCUUUGCCUAUGCCGUCACACUUUAUUGGAUACAAACUCUUCCCAGAAACAAUAGAGUUCUACUCUGCAUGGGACCAUUUUAUAGGAGACCGAAUAAAAUUUCAAAAAGAAUUACUGUCAAACACGUGGAAACAUUGCAGGCUCUCUGCCUAAAAGUGUAUACCUACUAUUAUUUCAUUAUUUUUAUUAUUCCAGAAGUAAACAAAACAUCUCUGGAAAAAAGAAUAAACACAAAGAGUCCGCUUGCAAAAAGUUAUAUAAAAGCAUUUAAUACCAAUUAAUUCCUAUAUGCUGUACAUAAAUUCAAUUAAAAAAUAUAGUUUCUACUUUUUAUUUAAACUUAGGAAAAUAUAAAAAUUACAAAGAAACGAAAACAAAAAUAUUUUCAGGUUUUUGUAAACCAAUCAAUUUUUUACGAUUUUUAAAAGUGGUAACAAUUGAAGUAGCUCUUAAGAUAUUUUUGAUUUAUUUUAAAAUAUCUUUUCUAUUUAUUUAUGUUUAUCUAUGUAAUUAAAAUAAAGAUAUCUU